AUUCAAUCAAUCGCCACAAUCACAUCUAUCAUCAUGUCUCAGAACCAAGCUGCAUGGAUUGACGGCAAAGGCCAACUCUUCCAAGUGAGGUCUGCGCCGAUGCCAAAACCCGGGCCGGGGCAACUGGUAAUCAAGAAUCAAGCAGUCGCUGUCAACCCAGCAGACUGGAAGAACCAGAAAAAUGCCUCGUUCAUUAAACGGUGGCCUUUUAUCCUCGGAAUAGAUGUCGCCGGGACAGUUGAAGAAGUUGGCGAAGGAGUCACCCGUUUCACAAAGGGCCAGCGCGUGAUCUCACACGUCCAGGGACUAAGAGAUCAAGACCCGGCACAAGGCGCAUUCCAGUUGUAUCCGCUCGUUGAAGAAGUUUUCACAUCUGGGAUCCCCGAUUCCAUAAGCAUCGAGCGAGGCGCUGUUCUGCCACUUGCUAUCUCAACCGCAACAUCUGGCCUCUAUCUUCCCAAAUAUCUCGACCUUCCUUAUCUACCUUCACCUGACCCUAAGCCGACCGGAAAGACCAUUCUCAUUUGGGGAGGAGCGUCCUCUGUUGGCGCAGUCACUAUCCAGUUUGCAGUAGCUUCUGGGUUAAAAGUAAUCACUACUGCCUCCCCUGCAAACCAUGAGUUCGUCAAGGUCAUGGGUGCUAGUGUCGUGUUUGACUACAGAUCCCCAUCUGUAGUGGAUGACAUUGCCAAGGAGCUUCAGGGCAGUGAACUUGCUGGUGUCUACGAUGCCAUUGCCGAAGAACCAAGCUUCGAGCCAAUUAGUGAGAUUCUGAAGCGUCUAAACCGCCAGGUCAAGGUUGCAGCUGUGCUGCCUUGUCUAAAGCCAUCGGAGGGCUUUGACCCCAUUUUCAUUUUUGGGUAUGAAAUCGCCACAACACCCAAUGAGAAGCUGGGUGAAGCUAUCUGGGCCAAGUUUGUGCCCCAGGCACUAGCCAGCGGACAGUUGCAGCCAAAGCCUGAUCCUGUUGUUGUUGGUCAUGGGUUGGAAGAAAUUCAGCAUGGACUUGAGGUGCAGAAAGCUGGUGUUUCUGCGAAGAAGAUUGUGGUUACUCUCUAAAUAAUCAAUAUUUUAUACAAUUUAAGAAAGAUUGUUAUACAAUCUAAGCCCUUCUAGAUUUCAUGGAUAAGCUAAAUACUCCACUACUUCAUUCUCCUGACAGCAAAAGUAAAGAGCACUUUCUCCAUAUUGAAUAACUUUUAGUCCAACAUGGAGUUUCUCAUGUAGAGAUGACCAAGUACGCCUCCUUCCUCCAGGUUCCUCUCAUAGCCGCAUAGUUAUAUCCGUUUUCUUCACCAGCUCACAGGAAACAUCCAAAUGUUGCUGCUUUCAUUCACCAGGUGCUGUUAACAAUUUCUAAAAGUGACAUACUAUAAGCAGAGCACAUCACAUCAUCUAUAGCCGCUGUAUAAAACACACCCACUUGUAUGUGACGCUUCC